GCUGGCUCCUGUCCUCUGCAUAGGCAUCUCCGUGACGUCUCAACUACUUUGUCAACUCUUGGAACGAGAUCACCAACAUGCAUAAUCUCAACGUUCUUCGCGACACGAUGGAUUCGUACACCGUCGAAAGGACGUAGCCUCUACUUAACAGACAUCUCGAACCCGCGAUACCGUACUUGAUACACUCAUACCUGAACCUAAUCUCUGCGCCGAGCUUCUACGAGCGCCUGACCAUCGCGGCGCCUAUCGAAGCGAGCGCGUCAACGAUCUCUCUAUCGAUCGGUUUACGACAGAGCCAACAUCUUUGCUCCUGCCACCAUGUCAGAAGAGAGAAAGACUGAAACGGACGGGUCUCCAGAAGCUGUUGACCGCCAGUCACCGCGAUUCGCGUCCACCGACGAGGACAUCAUCGUCUUUCGCUCCACGGAUGGGACCCUCUUCAACAUCCACUCCUGUAACUUGCGGUGCACAACGGACGGUCCGCUUGCCGAGAACUUUACCGCUGUGCCGGGAGAGAAGGUUCAGCUCACGGAGGACGCGAAGACGCUGGACAUGUUGUUCGGAUUUGUCUAUCCGAGUCUGCAUCCGUCCCUUGUGAAUAUACCGUUCCCCACUUUUGCAGCCGUUGCCGAGGCUGCGGAGAAGUACCACGUAGCGCCGGCGAGAACGGUGUGUCGGAUCAUCAUCCGAGUAUCAGAGCUAUACAAGGAACAUCCGCUCGAGAUACUCGAAUUCGCUUUCCGCCAUGGUCAUCACGAUCUCCUCGAUCACGCGGCUCCAUAUUCUUUGAGGGUGGAGAUGAGGAAAGCUCGACAGACCCUAUCCUUGCCUCUAUUUGCUGCCUGGGUUGACUAUAGGCAGGCGUUCAACGACGCCUUCUGGUGCUCCGACAUACGCUUUCGCGACUGUCACGAGGGCAGUGGGGAUCCGUGUCCAUUCUGGCCCGAGGUUGUCUUCGCUGUCGAUAAGACCUUGGAGAAACAAAGGGGACACUCUCCGUUGUAUGCCGACCUAGACGCUCUUUUCAAAGCUGGGAAAGUAAGGAGCGUACAAUGUAAUGUCAAAGGAAGUACAAGCGGUACCGGCUGUUCCGAGCAGUUAUUGGCCUGGAGGGAGAGCUUCAUCAGGGAAACGUCAUCCGUUCUGCCAUUGUCACGUAUUUUCGCCUGUACUAACUGAUUGCGUGCAAUGAUAUAUUGAGGUACCAUCGUAGACACCAAUUA